AUGAGUGAAACCCGAGUCCACACGAAGACAAUGGCAACAAGCAGAAGGUGUGAACGUUCCCAAGCAGGCCCCGGUUUGGAAAACGUGAUAAAGCGGUUAUUGUGUGUCCGAACUUUUCACACAAGAAUUGGAGGAGAUUUAACACCAGGAAUAAUAAACAGAGGAAGGCCGGCUAAUGCAGAGCAGAUGGGCCCGCAGGGUAGUGCUGAGCAUUUCAACGUCUUUCCCCUCGACCCUUGGGCCCAAGAUGACUGAACGCUGGAUUCGUUAGUUAAAAAUAAAGUUCGUGCAAUGGGGAAAACAAUAAAAAUGGCUGGGUUGAUUUCUGGGGCAGUGAGGGGACUAAAGAUUUUAAGAACCUUCUAUGUGGCAGGCAUUCAUUGCUUUAAUCCUGGCCACAGGUCCAUUUUACAGAUGAGAACACCGAGGCUCUGA